AUGAACCUCCAAGGAAGACCCAUUGGCAAGGCUUGGAACCAGUUCCAGAAGUCAUAUCCUGGACAUUCGACUGCCUUGGUCAUUCUCCAUGAUGAGAUUGAAAUUGCUCCUGGGAAAGUCCAGGUAAGAAGGCAAAACACCAGUGCCAGAGGACACAAUGGACUCAGAUCCAUAGACAAGACUGUGGGUCCAGGCUAUACAAAGAUUGGCAUUGGUGUGGGCAAAUCUGACACUCUCCCAGUUGAUAAGCAUGUCUUAUCCAAGUUCACACCUGAAGAACUCGAGCUUCUUACGGAAAAGAGCCUUCCCCAGGUGGAUAGCAUCAUCAGCGACAUGCUUCAAGGAAAGUACAUCUACGAGAAGCAGUGA